AUGGUGAGCGAGUUCAGUGACAACCGCCGCCGCCUCAGCAUUCGACGACGAGGCCUGUCUUUGCAAGCCCCGCCCCUGGCCGAACACACCUCUGCCCGGCCGUCGUUGAGCACGCCUCGGGCGUCGUUGCUGUCGGCGCUCUCCGGACUUUCUACCCGGCUUACUGUCGCAUCUGAAACUUCAAGCGACGACGACUCUGGCAAAUUCGAGCCGCUCGCGGAGCUGCAGCGCCAGAUUGAGGUAUGCACUUUCGUAGUCGGCAUCGCGCUCUUCAGCACGCUCGCGCACUGCAAUCCGGUGUCCGCCGUCUUCGCGCUCGAGUUGUGGCACUCGCCGCGCCCGCGCUCGGUCGCAGAGCACUGGGUGAUUAGCGAGCGUACGCGCGGCUAUCUCGUUUGGAUCGCCGCCGUCGACCUCAUCAUCUUCCUGGGGCUAGCCGCAAUGGCGCUGCUCGACUUGGCUGCGAGUAUCAUGAUCGGCCUCGCCGUCUUGUACUGGGAGGUGAUCCAGCUGUUGCGCUCGGCCAAGGAUGCGCUGACGUCGGCGCCGCAGCAGGUCGUCGUGACCACCGCGGUGCCGGUCGCUCCAAUGGAGAUGGGACGCGAGGACCCGACCGAGCAGCUGGCCAAGCUCAAGAAACUACUCGACUCGGGCGCGAUCACCGAGGAGGAGUACGAGGAGAAGCGCAAGCCUUACGUCGACCUACUCUGA